AUGUCAAUAAUUCAAAGAUCAACAUCCUAUCUGUUAUGCAACUUAGAAAGCUUCACAGAAUAUACCAUUAAAGUAAAAGCUUCCGAAACUUUUCUUGAUCUUGACAGUGAAUAUUGGAGCGAUUGGUCUUCAAGUACAACAGCCAUAACUGCAGAAGGAGCCCCUCUGACGCAGCUACAUUUAGACCAUGAUAUAAAACGUAACCCGGAAUUCGAAAAUAAAAUGGAUGUCAUUCUCACCUGGGAUCCUCUUUCUGUGCGAGAUAUGAGAGGUGUGGUAUUAGGAUACAAUGUCACUGUUGUCGAGGCAACACAACAGUUACUGAAAAACACUGCUCUGACUAAUGCAACCACUUAUAGAGUAAUCGGUUUAGACAUUUAUUCCACUUAUGAAAUACAUGUUGUCACGUACAACAGUGUAGGAUCAUCACCUGAUGCAAGUGUUACCGUUUCAUUUCCAGCUUCAGCUCCAUCCCCACCUACCCUGGUGACUGCAAAGGCAUUAUCUGCAUCUAAUAUUCACAUAAGAUGGAAUCCAUCUCCAAGUAUGAAUACUGAUAUAACCUCAUAUACUAUCUACUGGUCAAGCAGUGAUUCUCAUACAAGACAUUACAAUUUCACUAAUGUUGAUGGUGAUCUGGAGUACACUGUCACCAAUCUUCUGGCGUAUACCCGAUACGAGUUUUACAUCACAGCAUCUAACGUAGUUGGUGAAGGUGGACAAUCACUUCCUGUAUAUGAAUAUACUUUAGAAGCAGUGCCAACCAGCUCUCCACGUGAUGUUGAAAUGAACACAAUAGAAGAGAAUCCCACUCGUCUUUCAGUAAGAUGGAGAUCUCCUUGCCUUAGCAACCAGAAUGGAAUUAUUCUUGGUUACUUGGUAUACUACUGUCCUUUGCUGAAUACAAGUCAAUGUGAUGGUGUAGAAGUCAUAAACGUGACAGCCACAGAUCUAGAGAAUCGUGUGUUAACACAGUGGUAUUUAGAUAAUUUGAAGCCUUACACGUAUUACAAAGUUAUCAUUGCUGCAUAUAACAGUAUUGGUAUAGGACCUAAUAGUACUGAAGUCUACAAUAGGACAAGUCAAGGAGCUCCGAGUAAGCCUAUACGACCUGUGGUUACUGAUAUUACUGCAGUUAACAUGACAGUCCAUUGGGAACCGCCAAUCAUUCCUAAUGGGAAUAUAAUCAAGUAUGAAGUAAAAUACAAUGAAGACAAAGUGACAACUUAUACGACUAGUGUUGUAUUGGAGGAUCUGUCUGGAUAUACCGAGUAUGAUAUACAAAUCCAAGCAUGUUCUGAGGCUGUUAUUAAUCCAUGUGGAGACUUUGCUAGUUUAAAUAAAAGAACCGACAUUGGAGUUCCUGGACAAAUGAGUGCACCUGUUGCUAAGGUAACAGAUGUCAAUACAGUGAAUAUACUUUGCUCCGCCUUCUCAACCGAAUGGUCCAUUAGAAUUCAUGGUUUACCAAAUAUAUAAGAAAGCAGAUGCUGAUAAUAGUGAGUGGGAGAAAAUCACGUCUCUUGAUAAUGGAGAGACACAACUAGUGGUUUCUGAGGACUGCCAUGAUGAUGCCAUCAAUUAUUUUUAUGCUGUUGAUGCAGUCAGUAAUAAUGACGGUGUGGAAUUGAUUGGUAAAAUAAGUGGACCGUCUGCUGUAUGUAACCUGUGUUAUAGUGGACUGGGUAAGUUAAGAACUAGAAACAG